CAAACCGAUGUCGAGAAGGAAAAAGGGCUUUUGCUACAAGCUUUGAAUGUGCAGCUGGAAGCAAUUAAGUCCACCAUCCCCUGACAAACUGAGUGAGUGAAGCGAAGAGUUUCAGUGGCUCUUCAGACCUGCCCUAGUCAACACACGUUCGUCACGGAACCGAAAGCAACCAGUCUUGCAUUUUUUUAAUCAACACAACAGCAUUCGAUUUGUGGAUACCUGCCAAGUUGAUGCAUGCUUACCGUCAAGUGACACUCACAUUUUGGGUGUCCGUUAUCAUAAAAUCCUGAGUUGAAUGAACAACGGAAUCGUCCUGUUACCGGAGAAAAAUAUAUGACAAAUGCCCCUGGAAAUGGAUAUAAUGAGUCGACCCAACUAUUCUGAAACAGGGUUACACAAAAGCAAGAGGCGUCGAUCUGCAAAAAGCCAUGCAACCAAUGACGAUUCCGCAACGAAAAGGACAAACAGAAAAGACACUACGUACAGUGCCUCUGUUUUCAAUGAACUGCUUAUCUUAAAUUCCUCGUCGCCCGGAGCUGAGGAUAGUCAAAAGCCUCGUUCACAUGCCAACGCCCGCGAAAGGGAUCGUACUCAUAGUGUAAACAGCGCAUUCACCGCAUUGAGAACUUUGAUUCCUACUGAGCCAGCCGACAGGAAACUCUCAAAAAUUGAAACGCUACGUCUUGCCUCCAGUUACAUUGCUCAUCUUGGAACCCAACUUCUAGCAGGUCCAAUGGAACAACCCUGUUUAAAGCAUAACGGUCCAACCCCAGGUUUUGACAACUCCAAUCCACGUCCAGUGUGCACCUUCUGUUUGGCUAGUAUGAAAAAAAUGAAAAGUAUCGAUGGAUUAUGCUAUCGCGAAACGAACCAUUCGUCUAACAUGGACCCCUCAAGUGUACUCCACGAACUACCCGCUAUAAUAUCCACAUCGUCUAACGAUGCCUUUGAGCAUAACUUGAACCUUCUUUUCUACUAAACAAUUUUUUUCGAUAUGAUUGCAAUUGACGCUGUUAUUGUUCGACAACCUAUAUAGAUACCAAUGGGGUAGAGCACUAAUCGUUUAUUUUAGGGAUCAUAAUUUUUCCUCCUUUGUGCAUUUUGUGAUUUUAACUAUAGAAAAAAUGAUAUAAUACUAUGUCGUCAUUGAACCUUACGAUUUAAAAAAAAAAGCUAAUAAAAUUUAGAUACAAUUAGUAGACAUACUUGCUCUUCCACAGAGAAUUCCACAAAUCAAACAGGCCGGGUUCAGUGCUAGUGGAACGUUGAACUUUGCGACAUUCUUCGUUGACUUUUUUUUCUGUCAGAGUUAAAUCCAAGGAAGGAAAAUCCUUCAGAUAUUUUUCUGACAUUUUUUUCAGGUUCACGUGAACCAUUUGUUUAUUCAGGAGAGGUACGAUUAAAUUAUAAUCGUUAAUUUUUUUGUUGAUUUGUUUUACGUCGUCCUUUAGCUCGUCGAGUAAUUUGUUCCAUACAAACUUUUCACUUUCCGUCAAAGGCAUUUUGCCUAGUUUCCUUCUUCCUUCUUCUAAUCUAAACUUUAGAUUUGUUAUUUCGGAUCGAAUGUCCUUUUCCAACAUCACCCAUUGUGGAGAAAAUCCGUUUUCUAUCAGUACCUGCUUAUCAAGGUAUUUCAGAUUUGUAGGUUAGAUGUCAUUAUUCAAUUUAAUCAAGCACACAACUCUAUGCAAUAACCUGGUUUAUUUUGUGCGUAACGAUGUCAACGUAAGGGUUGUGGUUCUGA